UCCCGAGGACUACCGAACUGACUCAGUGACGUCAUGCUGGAGCAGAAGAGAUAAGACAGUCAAAAAAGUGAAGUUCUGUUUUCUAAUACAUCCGCAUUUCGUAUAAAUAUCUUUGUUUGCUACGUAAUUUCGAAAAAUGUCGUACGCAUACCUUUUCAAGUACAUCAUCAUUGGAGAUACAGGAGUUGGAAAAUCUUGUCUACUUCUGCAGUUUACUGAUAAGAGAUUCCAACCUGUUCAUGAUCUAACAAUAGGCGUUGAGUUUGGAGCCCGUAUGAUUACAAUUGAUGGAAAACCAAUCAAACUCCAAAUUUGGGAUACUGCAGGUCAGGAGGCAUUUCGUUCCAUUACAAGAUCAUAUUAUCGGGGAGCGGCUGGAGCUUUAUUAGUAUAUGAUAUUACACGUAGAGAAACAUUUAAUCAUUUGACCACCUGGUUGGAAGAUGCAAGACAACAUUCAAAUUCCAAUAUGGUGAUCAUGUUAAUUGGUAAUAAGAGUGAUCUGGAUAAUAGAAGGGAAGUAAGAAGAGAGGAAGGUGAAGCUUUUGCAAGAGAACAUGGACUUGUUUUUAUGGAAACCAGUGCAAAGACAGCAAUCAAUGUAGAAGAUGCAUUUAUCAAUACAGCAAAAGUAAUUUAUGAAAAAAUUCAGGAAGGUGUAUUUGACAUAAAUAAUGAGGCAAAUGGUAUUAAGAUUGGGCCACAACAUUCACCAACAAGUCCUAGUGGUUUAACAGGUACUGGUGGUCAAGGAAAUACGCAAGGUGGUGGGUGCUGCUAGGGGCUGGGGGUCGCUUGUCCACCGCUUAAUCCCUCUCCAAUUUAAAUUGAUCUUUUUACUUCUACUCCUUAUUUUAUUCUCAACCAAUUACUUUGUAUAUUUUUUUGCGCGUGUCGCAUUACAAGGUAACAAGUGAUUAUUGGUGUAUUUAUUACUUAAAAAAAAAGGAGAACACAUACAUACAUACAUACUGAAUAGGAAUGUUAUAAAGAAAAAUAUUAUAUAUUGCUUAAAUCAGAAAACCUAAUAAAGUUUUAAUUUACAGAUUUUGGCUGUAAAUUUAUGUAAAUGUAUGUAAAUUUAUUAGUUUCAAACAUGUUUUAUGUAUCCUUUGUAGCAAUAUAGUGAUAUAGUUCUUAAAUUACAUUCAUAAAAUAAUAGAUGCUUUUAGUAUAUACAGAUAAUUUUAUUUUUAAUAUGCUAGAAAGGAAUAAAUAUUAUUUUAUUGAUACAGUGCUACAUUAGAUUUUUAUUCAUUUACAUUUAAAGUUAUUUAAUUUUAAUGUCAAAAAAUCAAGAAAAAGUUAAUUAUACAUUGGAUACUGAUAAAGCGGGAGAGGAUAGGCACUUCUUAAUGUUUUGUAUUCGUUCACAUUGUAUAUUGUAUGUAUCAUGCACUGAUCUUUGAAAUAUGAUUUAAUUUAAUAAUGAAUCAUAAUUGAUAUAUAUAUACAAAUCAAAAUGAUUUGUCAAACAUAUGAUUUACACUUGACUACCUAAGGCGACACCAUGUAUAUGUAUGUAUCAAUGUAUGAAAUGACGAAUAUAUAAAAACGUAUAAAUCAA